GGUUACGACGUACCGUUGAGUGCCAUCCAGUCGAUGUGCUUCUCCCAUUGCGUCCACCCCCAUGUCCACGAUGAGUAGCUCACAGUGCAGACGUUCUGAUAGUACGAGAACUUGGCGCUGCGUUUGUGCCGCGCGUGUUGUUUUACCUUGGGUAGCACGUAAGGAAGCUGUAGCUUGUGGUUGUCCCAGUCCGUUUGCGUGUGCAGCACCGUCUUCAAGUACCAUUGCAGGCCGUACGCCAUGGCGGUGGCCGAGUUGGCAGCAAUUUCAAGCUUGUCACCGUCACUUCCCAGCUCGAAUACGUCCAGACCAUCGGAUUCUGACGGAAGUACACGGAGCGAGAUCUAAAUUGCAUGAAAUUGCGAGAUUUAAUCCACGUAUCAAUGGGAUCGUGCGGCGUAUGACCAACCUGAUCAUUGAAGCGAGCCCCAAGCCGGCGAUGGAUGAGGCCACGCGUGGCUGCCACCACAUCAUGGUCAUCUGCAUUCUGUUUGAGUGCAUCGAUGGAGGAGCUGGCAGCUAAUGGCAGCAGCAGCGCUGUGAGAAGGAGGGAGAUUCGGCGCGAUAUCAUCUUGGGCGAAUCUCCAAAUUGAAGUCGACUCAGAUUUCAAUUUAGUAGAUGGGCGUAAUAUUCCGUCGGCUGUUUUGCGACAAAAAAGUAAGUCCGAACAUAAAAGUAGGUCCGAUCAGCCAGGUGACGUCACAAAACAACGGCAAAAACGAGAAGCAACAGAGCAGACACUUUCAAGAACACCCAGUGGCCGACAGCACCAUGUCCUUGCGUAAGCGCCGCUCCAGCCCCGACGGCGGCAACCCCGAGAAAAUGCCGGCCCCUCCGCCACCCGCUCCUAAAACCGGCGGACUCACCAAGUUCAUGACGCGCGUCAUCGUGGGCUUUGCAAUGAUCGGCGGCUUUAUUGCCAUCGUAUACGGCGGUCACAUGUACGUCUGGGGGCUCGUGGUCGUGCUGCAGACGCUGAUCUUCCGCGAGCUAGUGAACGUGCGCUACCGGGCCGCAGCCGAGAAGAAUAUCCCGUGGUUCCGCUCGGUGCAGUGGAUGUGGUUCGUUGUGGCGCUUUUCUACAAUUAUGGAGACUCACUCGGCGCCUUCAUCGAGAGCAGCAAGAUCCGCUUCGUGCCACCUGCCAUCGUGCAUUAUCUGCGGUAUCACACGUGGGUCUCGUUCACCAUGUACGCGAUGCUCUUCGUCAUGUCGGUGCUAAGUCUCAAGAAGGGAUACUACAAGUACCAGAUGGGUCAAUACACGUGGACUAUUGUGACGCUGGGCCUGAUCGUUUUCCAGAUGAAAUAUGUGCUCACCAACAUCUUCAACGGUCUCUUCUGGUUUCUGUUCCCGGUUUCGCUUGUGAUCUGCAACGACUGCUUUGCAUUCUUCUGCGGAAAGCUGUUUGGCCGCAAGUUCAUCAAGACGCCGUUCCUGCGGUUGUCGCCAAACAAGACGUGGGAGGGCUUCAUUGGUGCUUUUAUCUGCACUGUGAUCUACGCAUUCUUCUCUAGCGCUUUCAUCUCGCAGUUUUCAUGGUUAACCUGCCCAGUGGAGAGCUUUGAGGUGCGAACUCUUGGAUUGCAUCGAGUUUGCGUUGAUUUACAUGCAGCUAACGCUCUUUUGCUGCAGUUUAAGCUGAUUCCCGACCCGCUCACGUGCAUUCCGCAUGACGUGUUCCUUCCGCACUUCUACGAUGUACCGGUGUCCAUUGCGCGUAUCAUUGGGCAGAGCCAAAUCCAGCUUCUUCCGAUUCAGGUUUGUUAUGAUGAGUCUGUACUUGAAUUAUCGCCUGCGCUCAGAUAUGUCGUGUUUGCCUAUUUGCAGCUCCAUUCCUUCUGGUUUGCGAUCUUCGCUUCGGUUGUAUCACCUUUCGGAGGAUUCUACGCGUCUGCUAUCAAGCGCACAUACAAGCUGAAGGACUUCGACUCUGUCAUUCCAGGUCACGGUGGCGUCAUGGACCGGAUGGACUGCCAGCUAAUCACGAACUGCUUCACGACGGUCUACUUCAACACCUUCAUCCGGUCUGCCUCGAGUGAUUUUUUGUGGGAUGAGUGGUGAAUUGCUGAUUUUUUGUUAUUGUUGCAGUUCGCCGACGCCGUCCGUGGCAAUGAUUCUCAACCUUGUGUCGCAAUUGACAGUCAACCAGAAGCAAGAUGUGCUGCGAGCCAUCCAAGAGAUGCUUGAAGGUUAAGAACACUAUCCUCGUAGUUACGCAGCCAUCUCAAUUGGCUGCUUAGAAGAACAGGAAGAAAAACAAGCAGGUUGCAUGCCGUUUUGUGAACAAUUGACUAUCUUUACUUUCUUCAAGAUAUUCGUUU